CUUUGCCCUUUUCAGUUUAUAAAGAACAAAGAAGACAUGACACAGCUGAACGGCUUUUCUAUCAUCAAGAUGGUUCACCAGCCUCAAAAUAUAUCUUUAAAAAAGGUUCUGGUUGCUGAACUUAAGUUUGGCUUUCUUCUACUGAUAUGCAUCUGUUCAGGUCAGUCCACAGAGACCACUCGGACUCAGCUGGUUACAGCCAUGGUUGGUGAUGAUGUUGUGUUGCCGUGUCACCUGGAAGUUCCUCUGAAGGCUGAUGAGUUGGAAGUGGAGUGGGGGAGACUUGACUUGAAUCCCAGAUUUGUGCAUCAGUGGUUUGAAGGCAGUGAAAACAAUGAUGACCAAAACAUUGUGUAUAAAGGAAGAACAUCACUGUUCACCGACAGACUGAAAGAUGGAGAUGCUUCACUGAGACUGAAGGGUGUAAAACACUCUGACAAUGGAAGAUUUAGGUGCUACGAUGCAAAGAAGAUUGACAUAUAUUUUGUUGAUCUUCUUGUUGGUUCCAUCUCCUUACCUGGUAUCGGUUUAGCAGCUCUUGAUGAAAGCAAAAAUGGAGUGAAGUUGGACUGCAGCUCUGCAGGCUGGUAUCCAGAACCUGAAAUAUUCUGGCUGGAUGGUGAAGGAAACAUCAUGUCUGCUGGACCAACUGAGAAUCUCAAAGGUCCUGAUGGUCUCUACAGCAUCAGCAGCAGAGUGACUGUGGAGAAAAGACACAAUAACAACAUCACAUGCAGAGUCCAACAGAAAGACAUCAACCAGACCAGAGAGAAACACAUUUAUAUUCAAGAUGGUUUAUUUGUUCCUCCAUCGAACUGCAGUGUCUCUGUCAGCUUUAGUGUGAUUUUUGGACUCAUACUUUUAUUUGGAGUUGCUGCAUUCAUAUGGAAAUGGAGACUGACUAAAAAAUCAAUGAAGGAGCUAAAAGAUGAGAUGAAAGAAGAGAAACAUCAGCUCCUGAAAGAAGAAAAAGACUUAGUGGCUAUGAAAAAGUCAGACCUUGAAAAGGACUUAAAAAAGAGAAACCAGGAUGUGAGAAGCAUUGCUGAACAUAUUGAAGUAUUAAUGAAGAUGUCCAAGGAACAGAAGGAGCAGAAAGAACAACUGACUGCUCAGAGACUGGAGACAGAGGAAAUAAUUAAGAAGAAUGAAAAUACGCUUAAUGCUGUUUAUAGUGAUAUAGAAAACCAUAGAGAGAGCAGGAUGGAUAAGAGAGCACAAGGGUUCUUAAAACUGAGAGAAAUCAUUACAGAGAGCAAUGAAAUAUUGACUAAACAUGUGGAAUUUACUCCGGAGAAACUGAUAGAGGGAAAAACUCAGGAAGUUAAAAAGCUGAAGGAGAGAAAACAGGAAAUAGAGAAUCAUGUGGUGGAAAUAGAAAAAGAGCUUAAAGAGAUGGAGGAGAAGAUCUCACAGCUCAGACAGAAACCGGCUAAGUUUUCUACACCACGUUAA